AUAAUAACAUUUUAAUAAACAAACCGGCUUAUAUUAACAUAAAGUCAUGACACCGUUUAUACAACUUGUAUGUUUUACCUAUAUAGUUCGCUUUCAACAGUGAUACGUGAAUACUGCGUUUUAUGAAUAGUCUGGAAAAUGUCAGAACUAAAGUAUCUGAGUGGCUUCGGUUCUGAGUUUUCCUCAGAAGACCCACGAAGGCCGAAUGCCCUUCCUGUUGGGCAGAACAAUCCGCAAAUAUGUCCAUACGGCUUGUAUGCUGAGCAACUAUCUGGUACAGCAUUUACAGCACCGAGACACGAUAACAAGAGAUCAUGGUUGUACCGGAUUCGUCCCUCCGUCAUCCAUAAACCUUUUAAAAGGUUUGACGCCUCGAAAUAUCUCACUCACAACUGGGAUGAACAAGAACCAGAUCCUAAUCAGUCUCGAUGGCUUCCAUUUGAUUUGCCACCUCCGGAGUCCCGUGUGGACUUCGUGGCUGGUCUUCAUACUGUUUGCGGAGCUGGCGAUGCGCGCUCACGACAUGGCAUCGCUAUACAUGUGUAUUUGUGCAAUGCAUCCAUGGAUAAAAGUGCUUUCUAUAGCAGUGAUGGUGAUUUACUUAUUGUACCCCAGAAAGGCAAGUUAAGAAUAACUACUGAGUUUGGUAUAAUGGAGGUGGCACCUAAUGAAAUAGCAGUCGUACAACUCGGUAUGAGAUUUGCUGUUGCUGUUGAAGGACCCACCAGAGGAUAUAUUCUAGAAGUAUUUGAUGGACAUUUCAAGCUACCAGAUCUUGGGCCAAUUGGAGCCAACGGCUUGGCCAACCCAAGAGAUUUUCUGACGCCGGUGGCACGUUAUCAUGACGAAGAAAUACCUGGAUUUAAAAUAAUAAACAAGUACCAAGGUGCGCUGUUCGUAGCGGAACAAAACCAUUCUCCGUUUGACGUGGUCGCGUGGCACGGGAACUAUGUGCCAUAUAAGUAUGACUUAAAUAGAUUUAUGGUCAUCAACGCUGUCACUUUUGAUCAUUGCGACCCAUCAAUAUUCACCGUGCUAACUUGUCCUUCCACGAAGCCAGGCGUUGCCAUAGCGGACUUCGUCAUCUUUCCGCCGCGCUGGUCCGUCCAAGAGCACACAUUCAGACCACCCUACUAUCAUAGAAACUGUAUGAGCGAAUUUAUGGGACUGAUACUUGGUUCAUACGAGGCAAAAGAGGGCGGAUUCCUACCUGGCGGAGCAUCCCUCCACUCUAUGAUGACACCACACGGUCCCGAUGAUAAAUGCUUCAACAGCGCUUCAUUUGGAGAACUCAUACCGCAGAAAAUUGCUGUAGGCACUCAGGCCUUUAUGUUCGAAUCCAGCCUAAGCCUUGCUAUCACGAAGUGGGGUGCUGAGACCUGUCAAAAACUCGAUGCGAAGUAUUACGAGUGCUGGCAGAAACUGCCAAAACUAUUCUCUGAUAAAAUAAAAAUAUAAUUUUAAUGUUUGUAUAACAUACAGAUAGAUCGUAAAUAUCUGUUUCGUAAAUAUGUAUCGUAUGUAUAUCUAUGUUUAACGUUUAACCCAAAUCUAGAUUCUAAGUACAAAUCUUUCAAGAAGUGUCUCUAUGUCAUAGAAUGUUUAUAACCUUAUAAUACACAUGAAUAUAACCUUUAUAUAAACAUGAACUCUAAAUCUUUAUGUAACAUCUUUUUAAGUUUAUGAAUAAAGCAUUAUAACCUAUGUACUUUUA